GUCAUUUUAUUCGCAUGUAGAUGUCCUUUGCGAUUGAUUUCAUGCUGAAUGCAAAGAAUAUCAUUGAAAUAUUCGGAUCGCAGCAAUUUUAAACUAAAAAUAUGAAUUUUAAUUUUCUCCUCAUCGAUUUUUCUUCUAACACCUUGUAAACAAGCUCUGUGAACUGUCAAAUAAGUGAGGUUAGAUCAAGAUCUUGCAUUGGUCUAAUAGAGUAGCGAGUAGUAGCGAGUAGCGCAACCGUCUGUGACGAAAAUAAAACAAAAAUUUAAAUAGCUGAUUAUCACCGGCUUAUUCUCAAGUGGAAAAUCAUAUUGCAAUCUAAUAAAAAUGACGAAAAAACUGCUUAUGUUGCUGCCUCACGGCGCAGAGGAAAUGGAAUUUGUCAUUUGCGUGGAUGUCCUACGAAGAUGCGGGGUGGAUGUUGUCGUUGCUGGAUUGACCGAUAAAACGGUGAAGUGCUCACGGGAUGUUGUUAUCAACGCCGACACAACACUGGAUGAAGCUGCUAAUGACGACUUUGACGCAAUUGCUCUUCCGGGAGGUCUCGGGGGUUCCAAAGCUAUGGCUGGAUCUACCAAGCUAGGGGAAGUUCUCGAAUCGUUCGAAACUAAAGGAAAGCUUAUUGCGGCUAUUUGUGCAGCUCCGACAGUGCUGCUGACACAUUCAGUCGCCCUCGGCAAAACUCUAACUUCGUAUCCCUCCUUCAAGGAUGAUCUUGCCGGAAAAUACACCUACGUUGAAGAUAAAACCGUGGUGGUUGACGGAAACCUUGUUACUAGUCGUGGUCCGGGAACAGCAUUUGAUUUUGCUUUAAAACUUGGUGAGAUUCUAGUCGGCUUGGAGAAGACGAAGCAGGUUGCAACAGGAAUGUUGUAUGAUUUAAAAUAGGAUGAUAUUUUUGACGCCAAAUGUUAUACCCCAUAUGUUCCUUAAAAUUUGGCUCGAACAACUGAAUUAGAUGUAAAACAGUCAGCAGAA